AUGAAUAAUUCUUUCCUAAAUCUUACAUAUAGCGAGCCUUCUUUAUUGAAUAUUACAAGAUCUACUACAGCUGGAGCCUCCUUUAAAAUACGGAAAAAAAUCCCUAACCCCAUCUGUGAGAACAAAAGUAUUGGAUAAUCCCUAUUUUUUGCCCAAAAACCACCCUCCAUGAGUGAACAAAAAAAUUUUUUUAUGAAAAAUUUUGAUAUAUAAGUGAUUAUUACUCAUAUUAGUAUAAUGAAAUCUCUAUUUAAUUUUGAACAAAUUGCAUUUUUAAAACAUAAAUUUUAUAAAUUAAAUUAAUUUUUACUUCUCAAUUUUUGCGAAUUAACCCUCUCCCGUACACUAAACAAAAUUUUUUUUGUUCCCUCACGGAGGGGGAGUAAAGAGCUCAAAAAAUCUGAAUCAAGUAUUUGCUCUUAUGAGCCUUCUUUUUCUGAAAAAUUAUAUCGGCGUAAGUCACAUAAUAAAAUCGAAAUAAAUCCUCAUGUAGCUGCAAGGGUAGUUAAAGAAUAUUUUAUUCCUAUGUUUGAAACAAAUACAAAAUUGUUAAAUGACAAAAAAAGAUCCAUGUCUAUAGGAAUUCAAAAUCGAGCAAAAUUUCAAGAAAAAUAUAAGCUGAGUGACGAAAUAAAAGAGAAAUUAGCUACGACUACUGGUGAAUUAGACAAGCUAAAAGGAAAUUGAGAGAACACUAUUGAUGAAAUUGAAAAAAUAAAAAAUGAAAUAACUGAGACACGGCUUAAGAUGGAAGAUGCGAAAACUUUUCUGGAAAAUAUUAAAUUUCAGCUGAAACUUUCAGGAUUUUCAUUAGAAACCGACGAUUUAAUUAUGAUUUAUUUAUAUGAAUUAUCCCUAAUAAAAAUAAAUUAUUUUUUCUAUAAAUUUCAAAUUAAAUAAAUAUACGUUUUCUGUUGAGCAAAAAAAUAGAGGCUUAUUUAAAUUAUGUGAAGAGACAUCUAGUGAAAAAUCAAAACUUAGACGGCUUUGUGCACGUGAACGAGAAGAAAAUGAUCAAUUAAAAAUAAAAACCAAGGAGCUUGUCCAUUGAAGUGCGCUUCUUAAAAUGCAAAAUGAUAUAAUGGGAGAAAGAUUAAAAGGGAUUUUUGAUUCUGUUGUAAGCCUCUGUGGAGAAAACAGUUCAAGCCAAAAAUUAGACUGAGAAAAACAGUUUAUUAUGAAUUCUGCCCAGGAAAUCAAUGAUUUUGAAGAAAUAACAGCAGCCAAAACAUUUUUAGCACUGCAGGAUGCGACAGAUUUUCAAUUUCAAAAUCAAAAUAUUUUGAAGAAUAAAUUAACUAAUCAAAUGGAAAUGAGGAAAAUUAGGAACCAAAUGAAAGAUAUUAUUAGUAGAAAACAAAAAGAUUUACAAAAAGCUGUGGUGGAAAGAGAUUUUUUUAGAGAUAUACUGGAUUAUUAUAACUCCCCCCGCUAGAGAAUAAAGUCAUUGGAAAAUUCAUAUUUUCUUUAGCCUAAAAACCCACCCUCUAUAGACAGACAAACAAUUUUUUUAUGAAAAUUAUUUCGAUAUUAGUGAUCAUUAGUAUAAUGAAUUCUCUAGCUGAUUCUGUUGAAUUUUAAACAGCUUGCAUAAAAAUAUGAAUUUUAAACUAAAUUAAUUUUCACUUUUCAGUUUUUGCUAAUUAAGUUUUUUAUAUUUCGAAAAUUACUAUAAAAUUUAUAAAAAAAAUUAUCCCCCAAACAUAAUAUUUUUAUUUGCUCACGGAUGGGGAGUAAGGAAGUAACAAUAUAUAUUAUAUUUGCCUUAUUUUUUAUGUAGGUUGUAUUAAUUAAUAGCAUCUAUUUAUCUAACAACAGCAUAAAUUCCAAAGCUUAGAAAAAGAAAGCAAAGAUUUUUCCGAAACAUACGAAAAAUUACGACAAUAUGCCCGAGAAGUUCGCCCCAGAAAUCGUCUUAAUAACGCCGACGAAGAAAAAAUGUGCAAAAAUUGUGGUAAAUCUUAUUAUGAAAAAGAAAAUUUUAAUUGGUCUUGCUCAAUACACCCUAAUGACUGAAACGGUUCUAUAUAUUGAUGUUGUGGGAAAACCAGAAUAGAUGCCCCAGGGUGUAUUAAACAUAAGCAUGAUCCAAGACUUGAUGAAUUAGAUGAAGAAGAAGACAAAGAAGACAAAUCCAAGCACCAGCGAUGUUCCAGCUGUAAAGGUACAGGCCACACUCCUCGCCACUGCACAAAAGAUCCAAAUGCCAGAAGCGCUAUAGAUUUAUCAGAAGAAAAAGAGCGGCUUAAAAAAUUCCACAAGCAGCGCACAAAAAUGGGAACCAUGAACCUUAAAAACCACACAAAGCUUAUUGGGAUGAUACAAACAAAGCUAGCCAAACAAGAAAAAUCAAGACUUGGCAAAAGCGCAUUUAUUGAUAUUAGCCAAUAUAGGGAUAAUCUCAAUAUAUAUUUAAAUCCAUUAAAAUCCGGAAAAUCAGUGUCUUAUUUUCUUAAAUAAUUUUAAUUAUUUAAGACUGUAAAAAUGAAUUAAAUUUAGUAUAAAAUACGCUUAUAAUAUGAACAGUUCUGACAUGUUGAUACCACACAAGUCUUAUAGUUUUAAGAGCUUAAAGCGAGAUGACUCAAGGAGCGAAAUAGGAUCACCAGAGUUAUCAGCAAUUCACCAUAGAAAAUCGAUUGAGAAUGAAAAUUUUUAA